UAACUUUAGUAUGUCUGUGAUCGCCUAUAUUUAAUCAUCUUAUUUCUAUUUCCAGGCGGCGAGGAGCUCCAGCCGGACCCGGGCGUUCGGUUCCUGGUGGAGCCCAACGACGAAGUGGUGCUGGAGGGAGACAGCGUCAUGCUGUCCUGCUCAGCCGCGUCCGUCCAUCCCGUCAGCCUGAGCUGGCGAUACAGUGCGAGCGGGAUACCCACCAGAGAUCAAGCUCACACGUCCAAUGAUCAACACAGGAAGCAGCUCCUCAACGGCUCGCUGGUGAUCGAGCGCAUGUCUCGGCAGCUGUCGGGGCAGUAUCAGUGCGUGGCCAGCGUGCGCGGCGUGGGUACCAUCCUCUCCCGGCCGGCCAGCGUGUUGCUAGCGGAGUUGCCUCCCCUGUCCCCCGGCCCCCUCGUGGUGUCGGGGGUGGCGGGCGGCCCUACGUUGGUCCCGUGCGGAGUAGUGCCGCCGCCGCGCGUAGCCGUCCGCCUGGUGACCGCGCCGCCCGACCGCCGCGUUCCGAACGCGCUCAAAACGCACCACGCGCCGCCUACGCUGAUGCUCAACGUGACAUGGCUCCGUAACGGCGCCCCUAUACCCAUGGAGGCGGGCCGAGUGACCAUACUACCCAGUGGGUCAUUGGAAUUGGAACCUUCGCGAGUGGGAGACGCGGGGAUAUACCGGUGUCGAGUGGCACUGGCCCAUAGACCCACCACGCAUACACUGGGCGAGGAGAUCGAGUUGCGUAUAAGCACGGACUUGAUGGCGGAAUAUCCGCCGCGUUUUGUAGCCACGCCUCAAAGUUGCACCGUCAUAGAAGGUGCGUCGGUGACGUUCGAUUGCGCGGCAGUUGGCAACCCCAAGCCAGAGAUCACGUGGCUCAAAGAUGGAGUAGAAAUAGAUCUCAACGCGUUGGACUGGCGUCGUUUCCGCGUGGGCUGGGGCUCGCUGAGCACUCGAGCGAGAGGCACCGACGCCGGAUAUUAUACCUGUCGCGCUCACUCCGCGCUCGACUCCGCUGACGCGGUGGCCAUGCUGACUGUGAUGGUCUCCCCCCGCGCGUCGAGCCCCGCCAGUGUAGUGAUUGCGCAGGCGCGAGGCGUGGCCCUCCUACCAUGCAACGUGAGGGGCCGGCCCGCGCCCACCGUCUCGUGGUACAAGGACGGGGAGCCGUUGACCCCGAACCAGCACGAUAUAGUGCUACUAGAUGGCUGGUCGCUCCGCAUCCAGGGCGUGCUCCCCAUGGACGCGGGCAUGUUCCAGUGCGUGGCCGUCUCCGCAGCGGGCGCCGCGCUGGCCUCCACCAGGCUGCUGGUGCUGCCGGCCAAUGAUCUCAACUCAAAUGUCAGCAGUGCAUCAAAAAGUUCCGUAUUUUUUCAUAAGAACAAAUCGUCUACAUACAAGAAAACUUCACCUUCCUACAAAAACUCCACCACUCAAGACAUUUUCAAUAGUUUAAUAUCUUCAGACCAUUUCGACGACCAAAAUACAGAUAAUAGUCUAGAAGAUUCUGAUUUUCUAGGCGAAACAUCUUCAGCUUUCACUUCCGGUCCCGAAUUGGAAUAUGAUUAUAAUUACGAUGCAAAUCAAGUCGAUGAUUCGGAUAAUUCGUUUCACGCUGCUAAAGGAUUGGAUUUAGAUCAGUUGAAGUCGGUGAAUGCUACUGUCAUCUCUCCGCCGAAGAACUUAAGAGCUGUAAUCGUGAAGCACAGAUUCGUGACGUUGAGCUGGGAGGAGCCUGACGUUAAGAAAGAAGAGAUUACUGGAUACGCUGUUAUUUACAAAGUUAAAGGAAGCGAAAGGGAACAGAUCUCGCUGGGAUCUGGCGGGCGACGCGAGAUGAACGUAGCAUCCCUACAGCCUAACACUACGUACCUGUUCCGUGUUACUGCUCACAGCGACAUCUCGCGGUCUAUGCCUACUGCGGAUAUAGAAGUGUCCACCCCCGGUGAUCAGAGUACGUCGGGCGCGGCGCGGAACGUUUGGGCGGCCAGUAUAUCUCCCCGGGCGGCGAGAGUGUCCUGGGCGCCGCCCGCCCUACCUGUGCCCCGCCCUACGCAGUACAGGCUGAUGUAUACCGACAUCGACACUGGCGUUGAACAGACCCAACUUGUAGAUAUAGACACGAAUCAGGAAUCUUACAACGCUACUUUGACUGGACUCCGCCCCGCCGGGACUUACAGUCUACGGGUGAUAGUUGGGGGAGAGGGAGAGGGGAGGUCAGAGGGAGAGGGGAGGGCGGAGGGAGCGGUGGAGGGGAGCGAGCCAAUCAGAUUCAAGACGCCCGGGGAUGCACCCUCAGCGCCACCUGUCAAUGUCACUGCUGUAGCUACGGGGGCUAAUUCUAUAGUCGUUCGUUGGGAGCCCCCCUCCCCGUGGUCCCGGAAUGGCCCGCUGACGGGCUACAAGGUGCGGUACCGCGGGCCCAGUAAUAGGCGCCAUCAACUCCCAGCUUCGACUACAACACCCGCCGCGACUACUAGAGCUGUGUUGACGGCGGCGCCGGGGACUACUUAUCAGAUCCGCGUUUGCGCUCUAAACGCUAACGGCUCAGGCCCCUUCAGCGAAUGGGUGUCGGUCAGCACCCCACGACGACCCAGACAUAGGGACUCUGUGCCCCCACAACCACCGCCUUUAACCACUCGCGCCGGCCGCGACUGGAUCUCUGUCUGGUGGUCUGGCGAAGGGGAGGGAGAAGGCGUUGCAGGAGAGGGGGAGGAAGUAGAGGGGGGGUGGGUCCUGGGGUGGGGCAUGGGCGUGCCGGAUACUGUGUCCAAGGAACUGCCGCCCGGAACACAUUCUCACGUCAUCAGGGGAUUGGAAUCGAACGCUGAAUACGUGAUCUCGUUACGCGGUUCCAACGCCCUUGGUCUCGGGCCCGCCGUAUACGCCACAGUACGAACUAGGGCCGCGCCCUUACAUGACAACGGUGAUGAGCUCGACGAUGCUGACGAGGCUGACGAGUUCGAUGAGGAUGACGAGGUCGCUGAGAUGCAGCCGGAGCUGUUGCCGCCUGUGGGGUUGAAGGUGAUAAUGCUGAGCGGGACAACAGCCGUGGUGUACUGGACAGAUCCGACCUUACCUAAGGGACAGACUGCGACAGACGGGCGUCGCUACGUGGUCCGUUGGGCUACAGUCGGCUCUAGGCCGCGUACAUACAACGCGACCGACCUCAACUGUAUGAUCGAUGAGCUAAAGCCCAAUACGCACUACGAGUUCGCCGUCAAACUUAUCAGAGGAGGUCGCGAGUCCCAAUGGUCCAUGCUGGUGUCCAACACCACCCUGGAGGCGCCCCCCGCCUCCCCCCCGCGCGACCUGCGGGUGGCGCCCCCUCCCGCGCCCUCCUCCCCGGCCCGCUCCGUGGAUCUGGUGUGGGCGGCACCGGCCAAGCCGAACGGAGCUAUCACAGGAUACGUAGUGAUGUACGCGAUCCAACGCACCGGCGACAAUACCGGUGGCGAAGAAUGGGCCGCACUAUCCGUCACGGGGGACCGGGGACGCGCCAGGGUAGACCGGCUCAGGCCCCGCUCCACGUACUUGUUCAAAGUGCAGGCCCGGAACAAUAGGGGGCUGGGGCCGUUCUCCACGCCCGUCGUUUAUACUACGCCGCUGGACACUGGGUCGGGCGGGGGUCUGGCGGCAGCUACAUCGGCGUGGCUGUGGGCGAGUGCUGGCGGCGCGUGCGCAGUGCUGGCGCUGGCGGCCGCGCUGGCGCUGUCGCUGUGCUGUCGACGGACACCGCCACUGUCGCCGGACACCAGCACAUACCAGAAGUCUUCAGCGUCGACGGGCAUCAAACCCCCGGACCUGUGGAUCCACCACGACCAGAUGGAGCUCAAACACAUGGACAAGGGGAUACACUCGAGUGCCAUAUCAGCGGGCAGUACGGACGCGGGGCUGAUGUCGUCGACGCUGACGUUGUCGCGGGGCCCGCCCGCCGAGUACGAGCCCGCGCGCCCUCGCCCCGCCUCGCUCGACCGCCGACACUACGUGCCUACCUACGUGGGCAGCGGCGCGUCGUGCAGUAGCGACGAGGCAUGCGUGUCUCGCGCCUCGCCUGCAUCCGUCGCAAGCUGUCGACGAUGCGACUACAGACCGAUGACGGGCGUGGGCGUGGGAGUGGGCGUGGGAUGCGCCGCCACGUGUGAGAGGAGACCUCACCCCCGGCACGCGCCCGACCAGAGCGACGAGGGUGCAUCACUGAAAUAUUGUGAUAUUACACCAACACUGGAUAUUUGUGAAGUUAUAUCAAGCUGUGAACCAGUAACGCCUGUGAGACAUGAUUAUGAUUACAAGCACGCCUCUUCUUUCGAGCGUGGGUCCGCUGGGGUCCCCUCAGGCGUCGCUGGCGUCUCUGCAUCAUCACCACCCACCGCCGCCGCCAUUGACACAAAUCGGUACAUGAAACAAUAUACCUCAGACAUAAAUACAAUAAUAUACAGGGCGUUCCCCGGGUUUGUCACAUGGAGGGAUAGUAUAUUAAAUAUUGAGGUGGGUCAGGCUCGUGCCCCCUGGGCCCUGCGUGCGGGGCACUGGGCGGUGGGACAGGCCCCCCCGUGGGCGUGGGGCCGGGCGGGGACAUCUACGCGUGCGCCGCCAGAGAGAGAGGACAAUAUGUGGCCUACGAACCACUGGGGCACUACACGCACGGGCUCGGGGAGAGACACCUCCCCCUACAAGAAGAGCGCGAGUUCUUCCCCUGGACACAUACCCAAUAGACUGCAGCUAGGUGGCAGCGUAGCUCACUGUCCGACGGAACUUGAACCCCUGACCCCGUCGCGGUCGACCGAACGACUGCACCGAGAAAUGCAGAACUUAGAAGGACUCAUGAAAGAUCUGUCAGCAAUCACUCAACAACAGUUCCAUUGCUAGCCACCACCACGGGAAUAUAGAUUUUAAAUGUACACAGAAUUGAGGCGAGAAUCCUGUGCACAGAUCUUAGGAGUUAUAAAACAUUUCUUCAGGAAGCGAAAUGCCUUUUAAUGAAAGAACUGAUGAAAGCCAGUUACACGGGAAUAUAUCCCUUCAAGCUAUUUGACAUUGAGUUGAAAAUCCCGUGCACAAUUAAUGAAAGAACAUUCAUCUUACACUUAAUAACAAUGCCACCGCUAGCCACUUACAUGAGAAUAUAGCCCUUCAAGCUAUUAUAGCAUUGAGUUGAAAAUCCCGUGCACAGUUAAUGAAAGAACAUUCUAAUGACAAUACCACCGCUAGCCAGUUACACGGGAUUAUAGCUCUUCAAGCUAUUUUAGCAUUGAGUUGAAAAUCCCGUGCACAGUUCGUACGCCGAACUUGGAAAUCGUAUGGCGUUUAUUUUUUUCCAAUGUAAGACAAUGUACACGCAAUUAUAGUCUUUCGGUUAUCAACACUUAAAGGCGAACCUAGCUUGGUGUUGCAUGUAUGUAAAUGUCAAAAAGUGAUAUUUUCACCACUUCAACGAACUUUUAAAUAUUAAUGGAGUAUAAAUAUCUACCAUCUGGUAUUGUGAAACUGUAGAAAGAAAAUGUUGCCAUGUCAGCGAAAAGAAGAUUCCACAAAUUGAAACUUCCAAUUAAACGACUGUGUAUUUAUGUAUCUCUUAACUAUACUUACUUUUGUAAAUUACGUGAUUUUUACAUGAAUUCCUUGUAUUAUACAAAAGGUAACAUUUAAUAAGCACCUAUUACUUAUUGUAAUGUUAGAUUAAUUAAUAAAUACUUACCUAUUUAAUAAUUAUAAUAACAAUUUGAACGAUUUAAGGUUGCCAUAAUUUAUUGUUUAAUAAUUAAAUCUCAUUUUUGAGAUACUUGUAAAUUGUAACACAAUUUGAAUUUAAAUGUAUAGAUAUACGCGUAAUGUUUUGUUCUAAAAGUGUAUGGGAAAUUUAAUUAUUUUCUUACAGCAAAAGCUUCAAAGUCACUCUGUAACUGUGUACUCAACGUUAGUUUGUAUACUGCCUAGUGAUAUUGUAAACUGUGGAUAAAUUGUAAACUGUCACUGCAUUUUGGCAGAUUUGCUUCUAUUUACAUUUUGGUAUAAAAAUAUACCAUUUAUUUAUAUUGUUAAUAUUUUUAAUAAACAAAUUUACCGUUGCAAGUCCCUUCAUUAUUCGCAUUUAAUUUCCGCUUUGCGUUAUAUUAUGUACUUUGAUGUUCGACAGUUUAUAAUCUCACUAUUAUGAACGCAUAUUUAUUAACAGGUUCUACAAUGCCUAUGUGUUGGCUCAAAACCGCCUUUAUUACUUUGAAUUAAGAGACAUGCGUUGAACAUUACGCGGGUCUUGCUGUAAAUUUCUUGAUCAGCGAUUCAGACGCAUUCUUGUCUUUAUAGCUUUUAGUUUAAGGUUCAAACUUGUAUUUUCUUUUCUAACGAAUUAUAAUGUGAUAAUUGCCACGUUUGGCUUCACUUGCUUCUUUAGUAUCUUAUGUAGUUUAUAUUUAUUUAUUUAAACCAAACAAUAUACAUUGACUGUAUUGAAUUCGUUACAUAUAUAACCGGAGUCACACGCAUCAACUAGUUUACAAUUGACAGACAGACAUUUGUAUAUAAAGUAUAUGUAAAGAACUAGUCAUAAUAGUGGUCGGAUAGGUAAUCUCCUAUAUAAUAGUGUACAGGGUGGUACGGCCGAUAUACGGGGUGUUUGAAAAAUCAGUGAAAUUGAUAUUAAGACGAACAUUCAAUUCUAUGAUAUGAUUAAUAUUAUGAUUUAAAUUAAAACUAAUAUUUAAUGUCAAUUUUUAAGCUAGAGACUGUGCUAGUGCUGAAGUGGUGAUUUUUGAAGUUGGCAACAUUUGGUUUUAUUAAGGUAAAUAAAAUACUUUAGCUAAAUUCGAUGGCGUCAUUCAAUUCAAUAUUAUGCACUUCAAGCUGCCAUUAAACCAACUCUUAAUUAAUAUUUUAUAAUGUACGCUGUUUGGCGCAAAAAGCUCCUUUACCACCUACAACAUAAGGUUCAUAUUCGAGAGUCCAACACAGUAUAACACAUACCCUUCUUUCGGCCGACCACUUCUUAUACGUUAGUAUUAAGCAUACUCCCCCACCAGGUGGAGCUGUGUACAUUGUAAGUAAGUACUUUUGAUAUUCCCACGUUUGUACAGAUGUCACUACUACGAUGUGUCUUUGUCACGCUCAAUGAAUGAAUGACGUUUAUUUUCAUUCAUUCAUUCAUUCAUUCACGCUCAAUAAUCGCGACUGCGCUGCAAACGCAGUUUAGUUUAAAAUGCAACUUUAUAUAUGUAUAUGGUGUUAUAUAAAUUGCGUGCCAAAACUGUAUUAAUAAUUGUUUGGUAUUUGGUAAAGGGAUUUUUGUCUAAUUACAGUUGUAAAAGCAAUUACAAUCUUGUCAUCCAUUGCUACAAAAUAAUUUUAUCUCGUUCGUGAGUAUUCGUUGACGAGAACUGAACAUAUUUUGAUCUGUAUUUUAUUAUAAAGUUGUGGCACUUAAUUUAUUACACACCCUGUAUAUUCGCGGUCUUUAGCCUAACAAAUUGAUAACUUUCAUCGUUUUCGAUGGUAUGUACGCACGAUUGUAAAUAUUUUGUAUAAUCUCACUUUGAUUGGUGUUUUAAAUUAUACAUAUUUUUUAUCUUCUCUAGGGUCGAUAUAGAGAUAUUAUGUCUUUUAUUAAAUGUGCAAAAUUCAUAUAAAAAUAUUUUUAUUUAAAGUCGAGUACUUCUUUUUGUUUUUGUUUCGGUCGGGUUACUAUUUUAAACAGUAAAAACGCAUGACUGAAGAAGUGUUUGAAGUUGUAUAUUUUAAUAAUUUUUCUUAAAAAAAUACCACAAAAUUAUUAUUUAAUUUAUUUAAAUAUUUAUUUGUAUGAUUGAGGUUCAUCUCUAUACCUGCAAUCAGUUCUUUUUGAAUUUUAAUAUUUAUAAAUAAUAAUACUGCGUUUUCCAAUACAGAUCAUUCGAUGUAAAUAAAAGUUUUGUUUUUAACAAUUGAUAAUUAAAUGAAUCUUGCGAGAUCAAACGAGCGUAGUUUUUGGGACAUAUUCGAGUCUGCGGCUAGAAAACGACGCGAGAAUAAAUUAAAGUUUGUCGUUUUUAUGGCGAUAGUCUUAUCUCUGGCAAGAAUUUGGAUUUAGUUACAGAACAAGAACGAAACCAUAUAAGUAAUGCUAUGGUGUUUGAGCGUACACUCCCAUAGACAAAUAAAAAUGGAUGCGUGUACAUAUGUACUCUUUGGCAUCAUUAAAAAAAUAGUUUUGGGCUAGAGAAAAUUCGAAAUGACCGUCAGGGCCGUGUUAGCAUUAUGGUCAGUGCAUUCGCCCGGAUAGCGAUGGCUGCGGGUUCGAGACCCGUCUGCUGCCUGGUCCGAGUGGAUUUUUUUCUUGUAAAAUUUCCUUUAGAUAUAACUAAAUUGCUUAACAACAUUAACGAGGAUUUCGUUUAAAUAGAAGAACUAAAUUUUGACAUGAUAGAGUGAGACAGCACUAUUUGCAGUAUAGCGACAUUUCACUCCAACUUCUCUGUUUUGCCUCGUUGUACAAUACACGACCUUAUAGUUUAUUUAAUGUUGUUUUUUCUAUUAAUUCUUACUGGAGAUAAGUUAUUUGUGAUGGUCAAAUGAUUCUCAGUCAUGUUUAUGUAAGUAAUUGUGAGAUCGGCAUUGCAUUUGAAAAAUAAGCUGUAUUAAUAAGAAAAUUUUGUAAUUUUUUUUCGAAAUACCUAUUUAAGUAUGUAUGUGUAUUUUUAAUAUUGUGACUGUAAUUUUUCAAAAUUUUCGGGCAACGAAUAUCUUUCCAUUUUAUUAUUAGGAUAAGAAGAAUUUUCAAUGUGAAUUAAUUAUUGUAUUUUACGGUCUCGAAACUGAAAAUUUUAAUGAACACCAAAAACUCGAAAGUAGAUUUCGUAACAUUGUUUUACUGAUUACGAUAAUAUUUUAUUGUAACAAAACAACGCGCCCGAACUGCAUAAUAUUUUUAAAGUAAUUUCUGUUCAACUUAACUAUUUAUAUCUUUGAAAAUACAUAUGUUAUUUGAGAUAGAUUUAAACAAAUCAAUAGAAAAGUUUACCGAUUCGCAAAUACGAAAAAGGUGAUUUAGAAAAAUGCCCCGUUGAUUUAAUCAUUAUGCUGACACUUCACUUGUCUAUUCGUGUUAGCUAUUCGUCAACUUGACAAGAGUCUGUCCUUAUCAUGCUUUAUAAGGAGUGAUAAGGACAGACUGAUGUCAAGUUUACAAAUUGCAAUACUUAACUUACGAUGCAGUUCUGGCACGUAAUAUUUUGAUCACCCUAUAUCUUUAAUGAUUCAAAGAAGAUUUAAUUUUUAUCUCGCAUUCUUCCAUCGCUCUCUUCCAAUGCUCAAGUGAUUCCUUACAACCAAGAUAUUUGGAUGUACUGACUGCAUUAAGACUGCGUUUUCGUUAAAAAUCUAGUAAAAUUUAUCGAAAAGUCAACUUGAGUACAAUCAACGCCACGUCAUUAUUGACAAAACUGGCUUCCACUUAUUGACUUUAAAUCUUGUUUAAAUCUAAAGAAGAUGUAACUAGAAAAAGUUUUACGCGGACCAGGCAGCAGACGGGACUCGAACCCGCACCCAUCGCUAUCCAGGCCAAUGCACUAACCAAUUAUGCUACCGCGGCCCUGACGGCCGCGUCAAACAGUUACAUGCUUAAAAAAAAUAAAAAUAAUAACUAUUUAAAUAUUGUUCUUGACUUUUAGCAUAUAAAAAGAAAUACUUGAGAAGCAACCGUGAAGGUAAGGUUAUGCUGCAAGGAGCGUCAUUUGGUACUAAGAGUUUUACUCUUUUAGUUAGAACCUCAAUAGAGAAACAUAUGAAAUACUAUUGUUGCUGACUAGAUUGCAAGUGAGGCACUUAGGGGCGACUGAUAUAAGACCUAUAGUUUUUUAGAUCGUUUAAGUUUUGUUAGUUUCAAGGCGAGGUUCUUUAUAAAUGGGCCUGGCAGUUUAAAAGAAUACAUAAAAAAUCGUAUGUCUUUUUUGAAAUUGAACCAAUUUUAUAAUUAAAACGGAAACUAACAGUAAUUAUAGCUAUGUUUUGCAGCUCAAGAAACACUAGAGAGAAUUCGACACGGCCAUCAGGGCCGCGGUAGCAUAAUGGUCAGUGCAUUCGCCCGGAUAGCGAAGGGUGCGGGUUCGAGCCCCGUCUGCUGCCUGGUCCGCGUGGAAAUGUAUUGUAGUAAAUUUUUCUUUAGUAAAUAUAGUUUCAACCAAUACGGUUAUUUCGAAGUUAUUUAGGGCAGACAUCGUGACACGAGCUUUUAUAUUUCGAUAUAUAUUUAUCAGUAUUAAACUGCUACACGUAUAUGACCUGAAAUUUCUUCGGACUUCAAAUACCUAAUCGAAAUUAAGAGAAGGUAUGUUAAAACAUAAGUAUAGUUAAUUACUUCUUUACUAAAGCCGCAUUCGUGUCUUUCUGUACUCUUAAAGGUUGACUGGCAGAUAAUGCUUUUAGCGUUAAGUCCGCCUUUUGUCCAUUUUGUAAUUGUGGCAAUAAAGUUAAAAUAAACAUAUGCAAAAUCAUUAUGAGUAGAGUACAUUUUUAAAAUCAAGAUAGGCAAAGUUUGUUAGUGCUCGAUGUGGUGUUGGUUGUACUUGUAUGUUUGCAGUCAGAGUGCAGUCAGUCUGACUGAAUACCUACUGCAGCGUCAGUGUUGUGUUUUGAUUUGAAGUCGCCAUUUUGCAGCGUUGCGUUUUAGGGAACUUCUUUAAUGGCACUUUAACAAUCAUACUUUAAUGUGAGUACUGAAAAUUUGUAGUUGUUGCCUUGAUAUGGCCGGUAUCUGUGUAAAAUCAACGACCGACAUUCCCUUUCGUGAUCAAUGAAAAUAAGAGUACGCAACUGCACUGCACUAAAUUAUGGUAACAUCGAGCUAUAGACGCUUGGUGUUACCAUACUCAGCGAACGGCCACCCACUCCAACUUUCACUUAGCAAAAAUAGAAUCAAAAGAUAUUAUUGUGAGUUUUCGUUGCAAGCAAUGUGUUCAAUUCUAUAAGAAGAUCUCAAAUAAGACUGAGCUUCCGUUCACAAAAUGGCGGCUUCAAUUUGACAUUUUAAAAUAAGUAUUUCGUAUUUUAUUAGUUUUAAGUGGAACUAUUAGACUGAUUUCGAAUGUUUUUAUUGUAUGUACUUAUGUAUUUGUUUUAAGCAAUAUUGUUCGAAAGACGAAACGUAUUGUGAAAUUGCACACAGAUUCAAUGAGUCCGCCAUAUUGAACAUUACUCACACAAAACGGCGGGCGAUUUUAGAAAAAUACUUACCAAGCAGGAACUACCUUUAGAAUGCUGUCGGUUUUUAUUAAAAAAACCAAAACGAAACUUAUGUAAACCUAAUUAUACAUAAUUUUAUAUUAUAUAUUCAGGUUUGAGAACACUAUCUAUUUCAAUAUAAAGUCGAUUGAACAAACUGUCAAAGUAGUUAAAAAUCGACAUUCUUGAAGUUUUUGGCGGGAUUUUAUCGAGGGCGAUUGGCUUCUUAUUUUAAUUAUUCUUAAAUUCGUUCAUUUUGGUUAUUUUGUGAAAUAAAAUUGGUGUGAUUUUGUAUUACAACCGUCAGCGCAACUGAAGAAUUAGUAUUAUCUUUAAAAUAUACGCUAUUCCGGUCAAGUGGACGUGAGAACUUUAUUGUAGUAUUAACUACCCCACAGAAGCUUAUCGACAAAGUCAACUCGAUACAUUUCGUGCCAAACACUCCAAGAAACAUUAGACUGCUUCACACCGACAUUCUAAUGUAAGAAAAAGAAGAUUAAUAUAACUAAAAACUAGGCUGUAUGGGCAUUGUUCCCUUUGCUUUCCCUCAAAAGGGAGAAUAUAAACAAAAACGAUAUUCUUGCUCAUUAUUUUGUAUCGAUAGUGUUGGUAAGUGAUACAGUGCGACAAAUAACUUGGGGCCCGUGGCCGGAAUUGAAACUCAUUAAUGAAGGUAUCAAUAAGCCUUUUUAUUUUUUUAAGUAGGUUUUAAUAAGCCUUUUUUUAUAUUUCUUAGUACCCUUUUCGAGUUAUGCCGCAAUUCCAUUUGGUGGCUAGCCCGUAUCCGGGUGCACGAAAGACAUUACUCGAAUUCGGGCACCCGAAGCAAUAUUUACACUAGAAAACGGGCUGGAAGACCACUGCCGGAUUUAGGGGAGGGCAACCGGGGCGAAAGCCGCGGGGCCUCCACAAACGGGGGGCCCCCACAAUAGAGACUUCGGAAAAAAAACUUUCUAAUUCGAACUCAGGGCGGGAUUUAGGGCAGGACAUGCGGGGCAGUGGCCCAGGGGCCUCCCCAAAAGACAACAACAACAGAGAUAUUAAAAAAAAUGUCAUUGGGUCACUAACCAGACCCCCUCUGGUUAGUGACAGAGGGCGAAUUGUAAGUGGCCCUGCCUAGAUUUAGUAGGGUUCUCCCCACUUCAUUGCCCCAGGGCCUCCACACCUCUAAAUCCGGCCCUGUGGAAGACGGUGUCGCGUAAAUAAGCGACAACUACCCGGAUAGGGGCGUCGACUCCGUUCAUUUGCACUUAGUAGCUUACCCGAAUUCUAUUGGCACUCGUUUUCGGGCUAAUGGUAUCGCGCCAUUAUUGCAAAUUAUACCGUCCCUCCGAGUGACGAGAUUUUGACGUACUAAUAACACAGAUUUUAUUUCAUUUCAACAGCAGCGCCCUCCUGUCAAUGUCAUUUAAUUGACACAAGGACUUGGUCGCACUGUAUUCGACUAUUUUGGCGAACACGAAAACACACAUAGGUGUCGAUUCUAGCAUGAUUCUCUAAACCUAAAAUUAAAUUUGACAACAGUAUAUCCUUCUCAUUCUCUAUACAGAAUGAAAAGGAAAGAUUGAUGUUAAAUUUAGUUUUAAGUUUAGAGAAUCACGCCAGAAUUGGCACCAUUGAGGUAUAAGAAUAGAGUGGGGAAGGCGGCUCUAAAAGUGUCCGUCUAGUAGAAAGAGAAAGAAGAUGAGAAACGGCUAGCUAUCUCUCUUUCUCUUGUGACGCAUGGCAUCCAAUGGCAUCAUAUCGAAAUAGAGGCUUACGGUUGCCAAUGCGACGACCUCCGUGGCCGAGUGGUUUGUACGCCGGGUUUCAUGGCGUCGCCGACUCGAGAGGUCCCGGGUUCGAAUCCCGGUGGGGGCAGAUGUUUGUGUGAUGAACACGAGCAUUUGUACUCCAGUCAUGGAUGUUUACUAUGCAUUUCUAUAUAAAUAUACUUAUAUAUGUAAAGUAUAUGUAUUCUAUCCGUUACCCUAGUAUCCUAUAAUUACAAGCCUUAUAGUGCUUACUUUGGGGCUAGGCUAAUUGGUGUGAGUGUUGGAAAUAUUUAUUUAUUAUUAUUUAUUAAUGCGCAUGCGCGAUUAGAGAGAGAAAGCUAGCGGUCUCUCAUCUUCUUUCUCUUUCUAUUAGAGGGACACUUCUACUUGUAGUACAGUCUAUAUUAUCUUGCCUACUCUAUUCUUAUACUUCUAUGAAUACGCAGGUAGUUUUAUUAUACCUACCUACAUCGGAUGUACCUACCAUUUAUUGUCAAACCCAAAAGGUUCUAAUCCAAAGGCAUUAAAGUUUAAUAUCGUUUGCACGAAUUGGCAGUUUCUUCGUCUACAAACAAUGCGUUGUUUUUUUCUGUAUUCAAGCUGCCUUGCACAAUUUUCAAAGGACUUUAGUACUUAUGUGUAUUAAUUAUAUGUUGUAAUAUUCUGUAAGCUAAACGGCUAUCUGUACAAAAUGACCGAAACUCUGUACAUUUUAAUAAACAAGUAUUACUUAAAA